UGCUAAAGACAGAUGAAAAUAGGGGUUUAAGUAUCGUUCUUAUUUGAUAAUCCGAAUCCCAGAAAUAUCGGUGUUUGCGUUCCAAUUUCAACAGAAAAGUGAGAAAAUGCUGCUUCGGCGAUUACCCUGGAUGGCGUUUUCCACCGCCGCACCACUUCCAUUGUAUUCUUUUUCUUCUUCCAUUCCAAAGCAACUUACCUUUUCCCCUUUAUCCUUCUGCUCCACCUCCGAACUCCAUCUCACUCAACAUCCAGAUAAUAAUAAACCUGAACACGAAACUGAUAAUCGUCGCUCGCAGCUUCUCAAACCCGGUCUUUAUCUCGUUGGAACACCCAUUGGAAAUCUUGAAGACAUCACCUUCAGGGCUCUCCGGGUGUUGAACUCCGCUCAUGUGAUACUAUCGGAAGACACGAGGCACUCUGGGAAAUUGCUUCAUCACUACAAUAUCAAAACACCCCUUAUGAGUUAUCACAAAUUCAAUGAAUCACAAAGGGAACAACUUGUGCUUAGGAGGUUGAAACAAGGUGAGAUUGUGGCACUUAUAAGUGACGCUGGAACGCCUGGUAUAAGUGAUCCUGGUAUGGAGUUGGCCAAAUUAUGUGUUAGUGAAAAUGUUCCUGUUGUUCCAAUCCCAGGUCCAUGUGCUUUGAUAUCGGCUCUUUCUGCCUCGGGUUUAUCCACUGAUGAAUUUACAUUUGUUGGUUUUCUUCCAAAACAUUCUGGAUCAAGAAGAAAAAGGCUCAUGGCUUCGGCGGAGCAAACGGCAACACAAAUAUUUUACGUUCCUCCUCACAAGCUUUCUCAGUUUCUUGAAGAGGGUUCGUCAAUUUUCGGAGAUACAAGGAGAUGUGUUAUUGCUCGAGAAAUGACAAAGUUUCAUGAAGAGUUUUGGCGCGGUACUUUUGGCGAAGCCAGCAAAGAAUUUUCUAUUCGUCAGCCAAAGGGAGAACUUACCAUAUUGAUUGAAGGGCAUGUGAAUUCUAAAGUUGAACCUCCAUCAGACAUUGAGCUUGAGAAUGAAUUAAGAGAAUUAAUUGAAAACGGCGAGAGUCUUUCCACGGCUGUUAAAUUGGUAGCUGAAAGAACAUCGGUGAGUAGAAAAACUAUAUAUUCACUUGCGUUGCGGAAAUUUGGGAAGCAGCUUGAAGUGGAGGAUGAUUCAAGUUAGAGUGGCAGAUUCUUCCUGGAGAGACAGGCAUCAUGUAAAACAGUAGAAGUAUCUAUUGUUCAAUCCUUCAACUAGGAUGACAAUAGGCUUCCAUCAAGAGGAAUGAAUGGUUUACCACUUGUUGUUCAACAACUGCUGAUCAUGUAUGGUUGGGUUGGUGCACCAGCAUUCACAUUGUUGCCUUGGCUUCCCACAGGUUUAGAUCUUGAAGGCAUACUUGGCAAUAGGACAAUGAAAUUGAUUGUACAAACUUGAUCACUUAAGAUGUAGAAAUAGAAAGUUUCAUAGAGUCAUGGGUUGUUAAAUCCAAAAAGGAAAUGCCUAAGUUGAGGAAAUUCCAUCUCCCACAUCUUGUAUUCAUCCCAGAUGUUCUUUCCCUAACACUGGACCAAGAGAGUUCGUCAUUAGGUGAGAUUGCCAUGAGUAGUAGUUCCUUGACUGUCAUCUCAGAAAUAGUCUGAUGUGAAAGUUAGUAUAUGUUAAUUUAAAAAAACUAAUGAUAUAAAGUUUUAUACAAAGGGAUAAUUACUUGCAUA